AUGAGGUCCAACGGUCGAGUGAAGCCAGGAGCGCUCCAAGGACUAUGCGAGGAGUUUAGUGUGACCCGCCAAGCAAUGUCCAAGAUUUGGAAGCGUGGGACCGACACCACAGCCAGCCACGGGUAUCCCGUCCUUGACUCAACGAUCAAGAAGAAGAGUGGCAGGCCUGUAACCCUAGAUUGUGCGUCGCUAGAAGCUCGCGUGAAGGCUCAGACUGCAUUCAGUCGCUCAACGUUUCGCGCUCUUGCCGCUGUCACUGGGGUCUCAAAGACAACGCUAUGGCGUCUUGUGAAGUCGAAGGCCAUGAAGCGCUGCACCAGCCGUUUGAAGCCUAUGCUAACGCAAAAGCACAAGCACGUCCGAUUGGUCUACUCCAAGACGUUUUUGCGCCGCCAUCCAAAUGGUACCCUGUAUUGGCACGACAUGUUGGACUACGUCCACAAAGACGAGAAGUGGUUCUAUAUGACCAAAGUAAAUCGACAGUACUACCUAUGGUCAGAUGAAGAUGUCCCAGCGCGGAAGUGUCAGUCUAAGAAUCACAUCAUCAAGGUGAUGUUCCUGACGGCUGUGGCAAGACCGCGGUAUGACAGCACGAAGCGAACUCAUUGGGACGGCAAGAUCGGUACAUGGGCCUUCACGUCAACGCGUCAAGCUCUUCGCAACAGCAGGAACUGCAAGCGUGGCGAUGAUGUUGUUGAACCAACGACAGUCUCCAGGGAGGUGUACCGAGACUACCUUGUCAACAAGGUUAUCCCAGCGAUUCGAUCGCUAUGGCCGCGGCAACGAUCGAGCGUGAUCUGGGUCCAACAAGAUAAUGCAAGGCCCCAUGUCAGCGUUGAUGAUGCUGCUGUUCGGUCGGAUUGCAGGCUCUAUGGACGGAUGGAACAUCAAAUUGUGUGCUCACAGUCCGCGAGACCAUCGAGAGCACCAGCCUGA